ACCAUGAGUUUUGGAAGUCGAAAAUUGACUUCGUUUACUAGGAUGAUUACGCAUUAAAAUUGUCAUCUUCCAUUGACUGACUUUGCUUCGAAAAUAGCCUCCAUACCCGACCCCAUCCGACCCGACACAAAUCUUUGGUUUUUCCAUCGCCUCACUCAUCAUGUCAAUGCCUGCAGCAGUUCAAACCUCUCUUUCUUCUGUCGUGCUACGUUUGAUUCCAAAACUACCCUUCUUUUGCUCUUCUAAGUCUUCACCUUCUCGAUCUCUUCUGCACCCAAAUUCCACGCCCCUUCUUUUCUUUUCCCCACUCCAUUUUUGAUCAAUUGUUACUCACACGGGUCUUGCUCCUUUUGCUCCCACAACUUCGGUUUCUGUGCCUGAUUCUACUUCCACGGGCUGGUGGAAGUGCAAAGUUUUGUUUUUUAGCUCCAAUCAGAAGUGGGUUUUUGCUGUGGCUUCUUCAAUCUCAACAUCAAAGCCACCAUCAUAGGUUGUUGGUACCCAAAACUCUUUUUUCUUUCUUUCUUUCUUUUUCCUUCUUCUCUCUGUUGUAUCAAUUUUGACUUUUAGUUCAUGCCUUGUUGUCAAUAAGCUUGUGUGGUUUGUGUUUGAUGUAAUUUGUGAAUGAAUUUUUAGAAUCUCUUUGAUUCUUUGUGUGCUAUCACGGUAUGGUUAGUUCCACUAUUAUGGCUGUUUCCAAGAAACCCCGCCUUAGGCUUAGAGAUGUGGCUCUGUGCCGUCUGUUAUCUGUGGUGUUUGUUACUUUAUGUGGGGUUUUGCUUAUGAUAUUUCUCCUUGCAUCAAAUUCAACACCAAGUGGGACUCAUGAUAUCAUAGACAAUAUUGAUGCAUACCAUCAUGACUUGAAGUUUGAAAAGUUGCAUGAUCUCCCCCAUCAGAAUGACUUGUCACUUAGAUUGGAAAGGCUAAAUGGGUUGCCACCAAGAAACUUGGAUUUGUAUCCCACACUCGCGAGGGAUCAUAUCGUUGUUGUUUUGUAUGUUCACAACCGGCCUCAGUAUCUUAAAGUGGUUGUUGAGAGCCUUUCGCGGGUGGUGGGGAUUAGUGAGACCUUAUUAAUUGUUAGUCAUGAUGGGUACUUUGAGGAGAUGAACAAGAUAAUUGAUGGUAUCAAGUUUUGCCAAGUUAAACAGAUCUAUGCUACCUAUUCGCCCCAUCUGUUUUCUGAUAGUUUUCCCGGGGUCUCGGCUAAUGACUGCAAGGAGAAAGAUGAUGCCGGAGAAAAACUUUGUGAGGGGAAUCCUGAUCAGUAUGGAAACCACCGCUCGCCAAAGAUUGUAUCGCUGAAGCAUCACUGGUGGUGGAUGAUGAACACAAUAUGGAAUGGGUUGAGAGAGACAAGGGAUCAUUCUGGUCAUAUUCUUUUCAUUGAAGAAGACCACUUCAUAUUUCCCAAUGCGUAUCGCAAUCUACAGGUUCUAACUUCACUGAAGCCUGAAAAGUGUCCUGAUUGUUAUGCUGCUAAUUUAGCACCUUCUGAUGUGAACUCGAGAGGCGAAGGGUGGGCAACUUUGAUUGCAGAGAGAAUGGGGAAUGUCGGUUACUCUUUCAAUCGAACUGUUUGGAAGAAAAUACACAAUAAGGCUAGAGAGUUUUGUUUCUUUGAUGACUAUAAUUGGGACAUCACAAUGUGGGCAACUGUUUAUCCUUCAUUUGGUAGUCCUGUUUACACAUUACGCGGUCCUAGGACCAGUGCUGUUCAUUUUGGGAGAUGUGGUUUGCAUCAGGGUCAGGGGGAGAAUAAGGCUUGCAUUGAUAAUGGCAUGGUGAACAUUAAUGUAGAAGAGCCUGACACAGUUUCUAACAUUGAAUUAAACUGGGAAGUUCACACCUUUAAGAAUCAGCCUGGUUAUAAAGCAGGGUUUAAAGGUUGGGGAGGUUGGGGGGAUAAUAGAGAUCGUCACUUAUGCUUGAGUUUUGCUAAAAUGUACCACUCCAUAGGCACAGCAUCUCCAUUAUAAGAGUUAGAAUUUCUUGCUGCUGCAUCUCUGUCUUCUUCUCUCACUUUAUUUAUUUAUUUAUUUAUUUAUUUUUGGUCUGUUAUAUCACGUUAGAAGAUUAGGUUUUUCAACACACGAAUUGAUAUUAGACAUUCACCGAGGGUGUUAGGGUUCGUGAUUACUUUGAUAACCAUCACUGAAUUUUAUGUACUAGAUGUAAAACAUUGAAUGGAUAUUCAUUAAUAUUGGUUCUUCCUCAUAUGAAGGAAACCUUUGUAUUAUGUGAA